AUGUGGAGGUUGAAGAUAGGAGAGGGAAAUGAAAAAGAUCCAUAUUUGUUCAGCAGCAACAACUUCGUUGGACGUCAAACAUGGGAGUUCGAUCCCAAAGCCGGCACAGCGGUGGAACAAGCCGCUGUGGAAGAAGCUCGCCGGAGUUUCUUUGACAACCGUUCUCGUGUUGAAGCUUCCAGUGAUCUCUUGUGGCGAAUGCAAUUUUUGAAAGAGGCGAAAUUCGAACAAGUGAUUCCACCGGUAAAGAUUUGCAACGGCGAAGGCAUAACAUACGAAAAAGCUACAAAUGCGUUACCGCGAGGAGUUGCUCUCUUCUCGGCUUUGCAGGACUCCGACGGACACUGGCCCACAGAGAACUCCGGACCUCUUUUCUUCCUUCCUCCGUUGAACGAAGAUGGUGGAUGGGGAUUACACAUUGAGAGUAAGAGCGUUAUGUUCAGCACCGUGCUGAAUUACAUAUGCCUGCGUAUGCUUGGCUUAGGUCCUGAUGGAGGACGAGAAAACGCGUGCAAACGAUCCAGGCAAUGGAUACUUAGCCGUGGUGGUGUGACUUAUAUUCCUUCUUGGGGAAAAGUUUGGCUCGCGGUAAAUCUUUUGGAUCGAAUCUUUGACUGGUCUGGAACCAAUCCAAUGCCUCCCGAGAUUUGGUUGCUACCUUCUUUCCUUCCAGUACACCUAGGGUUUGCAAUGCAGGCUUUACUUGCUAGUGACCUCUGUGAUGAGACCUAUGACGUGCUCAGGAGAGGACACGAUUACAUAAAGAGAUCUCAGGUGAUUUCAAGAGCAUGUAUCGCCACAUAUCCAAAGCCCAAAGGAGCGUGGACUCUUUCUGAUCGAGAUCAUGGAUGGCAAGUUUCAGAUUGUACAGCUGAAGCUCUUAAGUGUUGCAUGUUGCUUUCAAUGAUGCCAGCUGAUGUCGUUGGCCAGAAAAUGAAUCAUGAACAUCUCUACAAUUCUGUUGAUCUCUUGCUAACGCUACAGGUAUGGAAACUGGGGUAUUUGUUACAUUUACGGCACUUUGCUCUUAGCGGCCUAGCAACGGUUGGUAAAACAUACAACAACUCUCCAUCUAUACGUAAAGGUGUAGAUUUCUUGCUUAUGAUACAGAAUGAUGAUGGAGGUUGGGGUGAGAGCUAUAUGUCAUGCAAUGAACAGAGAUACAUACUAUUAGAAGGGAAUGGAUCGAACCUAGUGCAAACCGCAUGGGCUAUGAUGGGUCUGAUUCACGUGGGACAGGCCGAGAGAGAUCUCAUACCUCUUCACCGUGCUGCUAAAUUUAUCAUUACUUCUCAAAUGGAAAAUGGGGAUUUUCCUCAACAGGAGAUAGUAGGAGCGUUCAUGAAUACUUGCAUGCUACACUACGCUACAUACAGAAACACCUUCCCAUUGUGGGCACUUGCAAAAUACAGGAAAGCUGCGUUCGUAACUCACGAAAAAGCUACCUCUCUUCCUUGCUAA